GAGAAGGAGAAGGAUGAAGAUCAGGACCGACAGGGUGAGGACGAGGAGGAGGAGGAGGACUUCGAUGACCUCACGCAGGAUGAAGAUGAGGAGGAAGUGAUGUCAUCAGCCUCGGAGGAAUCAGUGCUAUCUGUUCCAGAGCUACAGGAGACCAUGAAGCAGCUGACCUGGCUGGCGGCGGAGCGGCGGCUCUGUGCAGACGGCGACUCUGAGGAGGACCACUCCCCGACCUCGCCCGGCUCUCUGGAGGAGGAGGAGGAGGAGGAGGAAGAAGAGGAGGGGCCUAAAGGAGAGGUGUCUGGAGAGGCGGGACGAGACGAGGAGGUGCUGUCGGGGGAGGGGACGCCCCGAGGAGCAGGCCGCUGCCGAGGACGAGGGCAGAGCCGACCUCUGAGGAGGAGUCGCCAGGAGCGCCGCAGCAAAGACGCCGCCAAGCUGCUGCUGCUGUACGACGACAACAUCCUGAACAACGACCCGCACCGCGAGAGCAAAGACCGGGCCUUCGCCCAGAGCUACCUGAUCCGCGUGCGCGAGGCGCUGCAGGACGUACCGGGGCAGGUGGAGGACUUUGUGUCUUUGCUGAGCGAUUUCGAACAGGUGGGAGACGGACAGGAAGUGAUGUCGUUGUUCAGGAAGCUGCACUGUAUCCUGGGACACCGGACAGACCUCCUUCGAGACUUCGCCGCAUUCCUACAUCCUGAGCAGGCACUGCAGUGUGGACUGUUUGAAGAGCAGCAGGCGUUUGAACGAAGCCGUCGCUUCCUGCGUCAGCUGGAGAUCAGCUUCGGGGACAACCCGUCCCAUUACCAGAAGAUCAUCAGAGCUCUGCAGACCGGUCCAGACCUGAGUCCCACCAGCAUCCACGAGCUGAAGGCUCAGAUGUCCACGCUGCUCAAAGGCCACAACCAUCUGCAAACUGAAUUCUGGGUAUUUUUUGACGAGCUCCGCCCACCUCCUGUUCGCCCGGGACAAUUUGAAGAAGCCCAUUGGCCGGAUGACGGAGGGGGCGGGUCAGACGGCGGAGAGGGCUUCGGCCACGUGUCGGGGGGCGUGGCCAGCAGCGGCUUCGAGGAAGUGACGCUCCCAGAGCUCGAAGAGGAAGAGAUCCAAUCAAUGACGAGUCGGCGCAGCAGGAUGAAGAUGGACCCUCACAGGAACUACAAGGUCUGGAUCACAUGGAGGGUACCUUAGAGGAUCACAUGGAGGG